AUGGCUCCGCCACCUGCGGUGCCGGAAGCGGACCACCAGGACGACGACGACGGCAUUCCAGAAGGGACCGGGGUAGACCUGAGAGUGGCGGUACGUAGGCUCAAGGCCAGGAAUACCGCCCCAGGACCCGAUGGCUUGCCUGGCAAAGCCUGGGUCCUGGCCUCGGAGGCUCUCGGGCCCCGACUGGAGGGGCUCCUAAGCGCAUGCUUGGAGAGAGGCCAAUUCCCGCUUCGUUGGAAGACGGGGAAGCUGGUCCUCAUUCGGAAGCCGGGGCGCCCUGCGGACUCUCCGUCCGCAUACCGGCCCGUGGUGCUGCUCGACGAGGUGGGCAAGCUCUUUGAAAGAGUCAUUGCAAACCGCCUCGCCGAGCACCUUGCGGGGACGGGGCCGGAUCUUGCGGAACACCAGUUUGGUUUCCGCAAGAGGCGCUCUACGGUGGACGCCAUCAUGCGCGUGAGAGCCCUCACGACAGGGGAUGCAGUGGCCAGGGGGGGGGUUGUUUUGGCGGUGUCUCUCGACAUCGCCAACGCCUUCAACUCCAUGCCCUGGAGCUGCAUUAGGGAGGCACUCCGGUAUCACCGGGUGCCGACCUAUCUCCGUCGUAUAGUCGGGGACUAUCUGACGGAUAGGGCCGUCAUCUACCCCGGUCGCAACGGUGAGUGGAACCGGCGAGAGAUGUCGUGCGGUGUCCCACAGGGUUCGGUUCUGGGGCCGCCCCUGUGGAACAUCGGUUACGACUGGGUGCUGCGCGCCGACCUCCCUACCGGCGUCAGCGUAGUUUGCUACGCUGACGACACGCUGGUACUGGCACAAGGGGGGUCGUACGAGGCGGCGGCGAAAACUAUGACACGCGGGGUUGCGAUAGUCGUUGAGAGGAUCCGGCAGCUGGGUCUUGAGGUGGCUCUGCACAAGUGCGAGGCCAUGCACUUCCAUGGUCCUCGGAACAGGCCACCACCGGGAUCCUCAGCGAUGGUAGGAGGGGUAUCCAUCGGCGUCGAGUCGACGUUGAAGUACCUAGGACUCGUCCUCGACGGCCGAUGGAACUUCGUUGAGCACUUCCGACGUUUGGCUCCCAAACUGGAACGGACCGGGGCUGCCUUCAGGCGGCUCCUGCCGAAACUAGGGGGGCCAAACGCCUCCUGCCGGAGGCUCUACGCGGGGAUUGUGCGGUCCAUGGCCCUCUACGGGGCCUCGGUGUGGGCGCGUGGUUUGGCGCGGCUUGCCGUCCACCACCUGAACGCGCCCCAAAAGGUGCUUGCCGUGAGAAUGGUUCGCGGCUACCGCACGAUCUCCCGCGAGGCAGCGUGCCUCCUUGCUGGAUUGCCGCCGUGGGAUCUGGAGGCGAUAGUCCUCGCGCGCCUGCACGAAUGGCGCGCGGAGGCACUAUGCCGGGGGGAAACACCGCUGCCGCGGCAAGUUGUCGUGCAGCGGACAGACUUCCGGCAUGAUCUCAUGGCGACAUGGAGAGAGCGACUGUUGCAACCCCGUGCUGGGCACGCCACUAUAGCGGCGAUAAGACCCCUCUUUGAGGAGUGGCUUGAGAGACGCCACGGCGUCCUCACCUUCCGCCUGACGCAGGUCCUCACCGGACACGGUGUGUUCGGGAGGUUCCUGCACCGAAUCGGGCGGGAGGAAACGCCCGGGUGCUACCACUGCGAGGAUCGACCGGAGGACACAGUGGAGCACACCGUGGAGGUGUGCCCUGCCUGGGCGGAGCACCGCCGUGUCCUCGUAGCGGUGAUAGGCGGCGGCGACCUCUCGCGUCCGGCCCUGGUCGAAGCCAUGGUCCGGAGCGAGACGGAAUGGGAUGCCGUCACCACCUUCUGCGAAGCAGUGAUGCUAGCGAAGGAGGUGGCGGAGCGGGAGAAGGAGAGUGCAGCAGCUUUCCUUCCCGGCCGCCGCGGGAGACGCCCGGGGCGUCGGGGGCUACGUCGUGGCCCCCGGCCACCGUAG